AUGGAAAGUCGCCACGGAAGAAAGAAGGAACAGGCAGAGUCGCCAGAGGCACUCAAGACCAGAGAGGAGAAAGAAACUGUCCUCGUACGCGAAUAUCUCGCCCUCAAGGACACCCUCAAGGAAAUUGUAACGUUUGUCGAAUCGAACAAACGCGACAAUGACGCGCUUAAAGUUACAACGGCACUGCUCCGCAAGAGCCCCGACUACUAUACCAUCUGGAACGUGAGGCGAACCAUCCUCAAGGAAGGGUUCCUCGACAACGCCGAUGACGAGACGGCCAACAAGAUCUACACCGGUGAGCUCGAGUUUGUGCAGGAGAACUUGAAGUUGAACCCAAAGUCAUACUGGAUGUGGAACCACCGCCGCUGGUGCCUCGAAAGCAUGAGCCAGCCCCGCUGGGACAAGGAGCUCGCCAUGGUUGGCAAGUUCCUCGAGAUGGACGCUCGCAACUUUCACGGAUGGGACUACAGGAGAUACAUCAUCCGACAGCUCGACUUGAAGGACAAGGAAGCAAAGGACAAGGUGCUCGAGCGAGCACAGUCCGAGUUUGACUUUACAAUCACAAAGAUCCACCAAAACUUUUCCAACUACUCUGCAUGGCACAACAGGAGCACUCUGCUCGGCAAGCUGGCAGAGGACAUGUCGACAGAAGAAAGGGAGGCUAUUGUAGACAACGAGUUUGAUCUUGUCAAGAACGCGAUCUAUACCGAUCCCGAGGACCAAAGCGCAUGGCUCUAUGAACUCUGGCUCAUCGGUCGAGAGGAGAGGAGUAUCUCGAUUCUAGGCGCACAUGUCAUCUCGUUCCACCCUCUAGAGAUUGUUGUCGCAUUUGAUGAGACGGUCAAGAUGCGCAACCCUUUUACAGUGUCAACCCGCGUCGACCAUGUUGCUAUCCCACUCGAGGGAGAAUGGAAGGCUACAGGAUCAGAUUCGGCGCUCGGCAGUGUGUGGAUCUUCCAGCAGGCGCCAGGUGCUGUGUAUGGCCCCACAGUCGAGAUUGUCAUUUUCUCAGACGAUGUUUGUGCGGUGCGAGCAGGAUCAAAGCUCCCUGCAGCCGUGUGCUACGAACUGGAGACAUUGAACCAGAACUUGGACGAAAUCUCGGGACGCUUGGGCAGAUUGGUGAUUGGACAGAACCUGAUGUACGAUGUCACCAAGCGCAUUGGACCCAUCACUGGCCCUGACGGCACUCUGGAGACACAGGCGGUACAUCCCAAGCACCGUGUGACAUCGUUGACGGAAUCGGGCUCGCUUGACGACAGAAUUGCGCUUCUGGAGCGAGAGAUCUCAGCUGUCCGCGAACUAGUUGAACUGGAACCCGACUGUAAAUGUAAGAUACCCUUUCGUCUUCAAUGCGUGAAUGAGUUGGUUGUAAUACUUCAUGCCUGUGGUAAAUGUUGA